CAUCCAUCUGCGUGACCUUGAUCUCUCCUCUGAGAGAAAAGACUCUUGUUGAAGGGAUCGCCAUUUUGCUUCUCAUUUCAUUAAUAUUCUGCCGAUUCUGUUUGAUAGUCAUUGUUGGUAGUUCUUAUUACCAAGUCUAAACGUCUAUACUCAACACGAUGCCGACCAACCAAGCUCUCCAAUUAAUUGUCAUCCCGCAUCGUCCAGCGGCCAAAGCUGAAAUUGAGCGAGAUCUUGCGCCGGCUAUUUCAUUACUCAAAAAGGCGUCUGGGUUAAAGUCCUUCUGGAGCGGCAGAAAAUUCGAAGAUCGAUAUACAAGAGUAUUUCUAGCUCUCUGGGACAAUCUAGAGUCAUCUCAUUCGUUCUUUACAAGCUCUGAAUAUGAAAAGUUUCACAGUGCCAUUCAACCAGCUCUCAAUGGGCGCAAGGUCACAUGGACAUCGCACGCACUCAUGGAUCACUCAUUCCUGAGUGACCAUCAACAUCUAUCAGCCACUCUGAGAUCUCCUGCUGUAGAGGUCGCGUUGACGAAAGUGGUUGAAGGUGGUGUUUCGGGUUACUAUUCACAGUUCAAUAAAGUGGUUACCCGCGUGCUUGACGAGGAAGAUGGAUGUAAGGGUUACUUUAUCAGUCCUCUUGUUGAGAAUCCUGAGGAUCAACUACUACUGAUUAACUGGGACUCUGUGGAUGCUCAUCAUGAAGUCUUUGAGAAAAGGCCGGGAUUCAGGGAGUGCAUUGAUGCCCUCAAGGACUACUAUAAGGAGUUUGUUGUGCCAUGGCAUAUCGUUGAUAUUCAAGAAAAGGAUUUGAGAGCGAUAGACGGCCCCGUGUUUCUCCAGAAUUAAUCAAACUAACUUUCGGUAUACUGUUAUUUCCUCGAACAAGGUCUCUAUUCCAAUCACGAUGUUGUAUAUGAACCGGAGAUCUAUCAUAUCUGAGUUCCUAAAUUCUGUAUCUGGAACACGCUUUUGUACCUAUCCAAAACAGUGCUAAGGCAUUUACAAUUAGAUCCCACUCACUCACUA